AUGAAAAUGGCUAGUCCUGUGACAGGUGAAUACCCUCAGCCGGUUUCCCCUCCUCCGGUUUACCUUCGGUCUUCUCCGCCUCCUCCCCCUCCUCAUCAUGAGUUUACCUCUCCAACUAUCUCCAAACGGCCAUUGAGCAUGAGCAUUUCGCGGAAACCACCCCCGGCUGCUCCUGGAAAUCGGGAACCCUUCGCUCCUUCUGUGAGGGUUGACGGGGAUAGAGAGCAGCAAGUGCCGAAUGCCGCAGCUGAGAACGAUUACGAUAUACCACCUAUACCCACCUCUGCGUUCGCUCACAUGUCAAUUGAAGAUAGACCGCAUACGCAUACAAGAAGUUCUAGUGCUCAAUUCCCGCCACGACGAGAUUCGUAUGCUGCCACACAUGUUGGUGGAGCACCCAUUCGUCAUACGCCUGCCAGCAGUGGCUCUUGGUCGGUCGUAGAUGCCCAGAUCAAAGACGAACCGACCAAUGUGGCAAAGACAAGCGAUUCGUCAUUGGAUCAAGGUGCGCCAAGUGGUAGUCGGAAUGCCUCAUCGCGCGGUAGUUUGGAUAGUGUGGUUCAUGAACCAGAGACCUAUGAACCUUUACACUACCAUCACCGCCCAUAUGCUCCCGCAGCUGCGGCAGGAUCAGCGGAGAAUUUCGUCAGCACAACUGGCCAUCUCACUGUGGGCAAACCUCGCAGACCGCACUCCACGUACUCUUUCGGAUCGGACCUCGAGGGACGGAACGGGUCUCCUCAUGCGUCUCCGUAUCUUCACGCGCGCUCGUCGUCCAGUGCAUCACCCGAUGUUCGACCACUAUCCUUCGUCGAUCUCCUCAAUACGCCGUACCCUCAACCAGGCCCUGCGCCAGUGCAACUUGGUAACGCACACCUCCGCUUAUCUGUCGGGAACAAUGCAUCCUUGCUCAGCCAUAAGCAAACUUUUGAGAUGUAUCUCGCCAAUGUCAAGAAGACGGAUAACCCAGCGAUUCAAUAUGAAUUUGCUGUUUUUAUGGUCAAUGCCAUGUUGGACAUGCCGGAUGACGCACUAGAAGCGGGUGCGGCGGCCGUCUAUGGUCGAAAGGAGCCGGAAAUCACUCGAUCAAGUCUACUCAAAGAAGCCAAGUCAAUCCUGCAACGCUUGUCCGAUCGCAGCUAUCCAUUUGCACAAUAUUACUUGGCUGACGGUUAUGCAUCGGGGCUGUUCAGUAAAGGUAAGGAGGACUACGAUCGGGCGUUUCCCCUGUUUAUAGCGGCUAGCAAGCACGGUCAUAUUGAAGCCUGUUACCGUACGGCGCUCUGCUACGAAUUUGGGUGGGGAACCAGGGUUGAAGCGGCGAAAGCCCAACAAUUUUAUCGUCAAGCCGCAUCAAAAAACCAUCCGGGUGCCAUGAUGCGUAUGGCAAAGGCUUGCCUGGCGGGUGAUAUGGGCCUCGGCAAGCGGUAUCGAGAAGGCAUCAAGUGGAUGAAACGUGCCACAGAAUCUGCCGACUCACAGUACAAUUCUGCCCCUUAUGAACUGGGUUUGCUGCACGAAGAGGGAUACGGUGACGAUGUUUUCCCGGAUCCUUCCUAUGCAGCACAGCUCUUUACGAAGUCGGCAGAUUUGGGACACGUCGAGGCAAACUAUCGCCUUGGGGAUGCUUAUGAGCAUGGCAAACUGAGUUGCCCUCGUGAUCCCGCCCUGAGCAUUCACUUCUAUACCGGAGCUGCGCAGGCAGGUCAUCCAUUGGCAAUGAUGGCUCUCUGUGCAUGGUAUUUGGUUGGUGCUGAGCCUGUGCUGGAGAAAGAUGAGGGUGAGGCGUACGAAUGGGCAAAGCGGGCAGCAGAAACCGGGCUGGCGAAAGCACAGUAUGCGGUGGGAUAUUUUACCGAAAUGGGUAUUGGCUGUCGUCGUGACAUUCUGGCAGCCAACGUCUGGUACGUACAAGCGGCUGACCAGGGCGAUGCUCGAGCGACGCAGCGGAUUGCCGCCAUCCGAGCUGCUUCAGAUGGAGUGGAUCCAGCACAAGCUGCUAUGAACAGCCGUGGACAAAAGGGCAAAAAGGAAGGCGGAAAGACAAAACGAUUUGGCAUUUUUUGA